AUGAGUGCCGCGAGAUCUUCAGAGUGCGUUUUCUGCUUCUUUACGCGGACCUCUCGCCCUAAAUCUCUUCCUCGCCGCCAGUUUCAUACCUCUCCUGUAGCUCAGAAACGCAAACCCAAAUUUCCAAGUGUCAAAGCAGACUUCAAGCAGCUGGACCUCAACGAAAGAGCAAAGGAGUUCCCAUCUGCAAAAGAUGCUCCGGAACAUUACUCCCCCGAGCAACGUGCAGCCAUCCAGGCCGCUCAGAAGCUCAUCGACUUCGCAAAGCUGGAGAAACAGACGGGCAUGCGGACAGACCCGUGGAAACUGAAAUACUACGAUGAGUUGACCAAGAUUGAUCCUGUGGUCGACAAGCCGGUUCGGGCACCGAUGGGCAAUAUCGACGACAACGCAAGGCUCAAGACCGACGAGGAAAUUGAAGCCGACUUCGUCAAGUUCAUGAACGAAAUCCCAGACCCCAAACACGAGAACGAUUACGAUCAGGAAUUGUGGGAUAAGUUCGACAAGAACUUACGCCUCACUGUUGGACGCGAAGAGGCAGAAAGAAACCCACCCACAGCUCUGGCUCCCGACCUGCCUAAAGUUGCAGAGCCCAAACCACCGCAGCGGAAAAAAUCCAAAGAUGGAGAAGGUGAAACUGAGAGAAGCGACCAACGCGUCGUCUCCCCUGCUCUGCUCCAGCUCAUGCAGAUGACUGGAUACAGCCAGAGAGAAAUAGCUCGGCUGCGGGUCAAGACCGUCGUCAGCCAUCGAGUGGUGAACCAGACGAGAUUGGGCAAAAUCCAGAAGAUAUACUGUCUGAGUGUGGCUGGGAAUGGCCAAGGGCUGAUUGGUAUCGGAGAGGGGAAAUCCGGCGAAGACGCUCAAGCUAUUCUUCAGAGUCAGUAUCGCGCCAUCCGGAAUAUGACGCCCAUUCUACGAUACGAAGAUCGAACCAUUUAUGGUGAUCUGAGUGCCAAAGUCAGCGCCACGGAGCUGGAGUUGUAUGCAAGACCCCCAGGCUUCGGACUCCGGUGUCAACAAUACAUCUGGGAGAUUUGCAGAUGCGCGGGCAUACACGAUCUCGCUGCUCGAGUGACACGAUCUCGAAACCCCAUGAACACGGUGAAAGCAACCGUGCAGGCUCUGCUGAGCCAGAAGCAUCCAGAGGAAAUAGCGAGAGCAAGGGGCAAAAAGUUGGUUGACGUCCGAAAGGUGUAUUAUGCGGGACAAACGUGA